GCCUCCACAGAGAAUCAAAAGAAACCUGAGAAGCCUACAGAAGGAGUUAGAGGCAAAAAUCAAGGGAAACAAAUCACACACACAACUGUGGUUACCUGGGGCCUGAGGCUGGCUCAGCUUCUCUCUCAAGAUUUGGUAGACACUGGAGGUGGCAGUGAAGGAGACUGUGGCAGUCAAUGUUAUUUGAGCAGGGUCAGCAGGCCCUGGAACUUCCUGAGUGCACAAUGCAGAAGGCUGCUUACUAUGAAAACCCAGGACUCUUUGGAGGCUAUGGCUACAGCAAAGCCACUGACACUUAUGGCUAUAGUGCCCCUCAUCAGCCCUACCCACCUCCUGCUAAUUCACUGGACACUGAUUACCCAGGUUCAGCCUGCUCCAUCCAGAACUCUGCACCUCUUCGAGCCCCAGCCCACAAAGGGGCUGAACUCAAUGGCAGCUGCAUGCGACCUGGCACAGGGAGUGGCCAGAGUGGGGGGGGUGGCAGCCAGCCUCCAGGUCUGAACUCAGAGCAGCAGCCACCACAACCCCCUCCUCCACCACCAACCUUGCCCCCAUCAUCGCCCUCCAAUCCUGGCGGUGGGGUGCCUCCCAAGAAGACCAAGGGUGGGCCUAGUGCUUCUGGCUCCUCAGCUACCAUCAGCAAGCAGAUCUUCCCCUGGAUGAAAGAGUCCCGACAAAACUCCAAGCAGAAGAACAGCUGUACCUCUGCAGGAGAGAGCUGCGAGGACAAGAGCCCGCCUGGCCCUGCGUCCAAGCGGGUGCGCACGGCGUAUACAAGCGCGCAGCUGGUGGAGUUGGAGAAGGAAUUUCACUUCAAUCGUUACUUGUGCCGGCCCCGCCGCGUGGAGAUGGCCAACCUGCUGAACCUCACCGAGCGCCAGAUCAAGAUCUGGUUCCAGAACCGGCGCAUGAAGUACAAGAAGGACCAGAAGGCCAAGGGCAUUCUGCACUCGCCCGCAGGCCAGUCCCCGGAGCGCAGCCCGCCGCUCGGCGGCGCCGCGGGCCACGUGGCCUACUCCGGCCAGCUGCCGCCGGUGCCGGGCCUGGCCUACGACGCGCCCUCGCCGCCAGCCUUCGCCAAAUCACAGCCCAACAUGUACGGCCUGGCCGCCUACACGGCGCCGCUCAGCAGCUGCCUGCCGCAACAGAAGCGCUACGCGGCGCCAGAGUUCGAGCCCCAUCCUAUGGCGAGCAACGGCGGCGGCUUCGGCAGCGCCAACCUGCAGGGCAGUCCGGUGUACGUGGGCGGCAACUUCGUCGACUCCAUGGCACCCGCGUCCGGGCCCGUCUUCAACCUCGGCCACCUCUCGCACCCGUCCUCGGCCAGCGUGGACUACAGUUGCGCCGCGCAAAUUCCCGGCAACCACCACCACGGACCGUGCGACCCUCAUCCCACCUACACAGAUCUUUCGGCCCACCACUCGUCUCAGGGACGCCUGCCAGAGGCCCCCAAACUGACGCAUCUGUAGCGGCCGCCGCCGGAUCGAACUCGCGGCGCAAUUACCUCUCUUGGUGGUGGGGGUGGCGGGCGGGGCCCGCGGGGCGGCUUGGUGACCCCCUCCCCGGCUCCGGCCCGGCCGCCGCCUCCCGGGUCUAGAGCCUCCAGUGGCCGAGACGCAGGCGACCGGGCCUCCACUCCGGGCGUGCCCUCCUUUGGGUGACUCGCCAUAAAUCAACAGCAAGGAUCCUCCUCUGUAAGCCUGACAGUGCCAUAUACAGCGGACCGAGGGACUCUAAUCUGGUAAUGGUGUCCCGAAGGUAAGUCUGAGACUCAACGGCGGCGCGCCCUGCAGAGGGGCCAAAGGCCGGAGAGCCCAGGCCUGGCCCGCGUCUAGCUUAGUUUUGGAGACGUUAAUUUAUAUGCUCCUUCCCGUCCCAUAAGGAUUGCAUCGGACUCAACGAUCUGUAUUUAUUAUUUGAAGCGAGUCAUUUCGUUUUCCCGAUUAUUUAUCCUCGUCUUAAUGUAUUUAUGUGUAUAUUUGUAGAAAUCCUCCAGCCGAGCUUAGGAACGCGCUCCCAGGCCGCAGGGGCCAAUUUCACCUCUUUAGUCCCCUUGGUCUGAACUAGUUGAGAGAGUAGUUUUGAACAGUUGUAACUGUGGCUGGUGUUUGUAGUUGAUGUAAAGGAUUAAGACCGCAAAUUGUCCUUCCUGGGUAGAGUCAGGCAGCCCCGUGGCGUGGUACACACCCUUUACUCAUUUCUCAGCAGCCGCAGCCCUCACCACUCGACACAGCUUAUUGAUUUCAAAUUGUCUGGUACUAUUUGAAGAAAUAUUUAGAAUAAAAAAAAUUUCCCAGUC